UCUAAAUAUUUCCUCCUCCCCUUUUUUCUUUUAUUAUUAUCAUCAUAAUGGACUAUUUUUCAAAACUUAAGAAAUGUAUAGUACCACCAAAGACUCAACCAACAAGCACCAUGCAAUUGUCGAAAUUUCAUAAAUGUUGGGAUUACAUUCAUAAUAUUUUUAUCACAGAAGAUAGAAAAGCAAAUUUACAUGUAAAACAAACAGAUAUUCCUGAAAAUUUACGUCAAAUGGUAGAUAUGCUUGUGGAUGAGGAAGCUAGACAAGAAAAUAAUACAACUGGAGUCUGUAUGGAAUAUUUUUUAAAGCAUGGUAUAUUGUAAUAUUUAGUGAAUGCUUCUGAAAAAAUGGAUUAUCCUGAAGGCAUACGUGUUGAAAGUAUUAGAAUGAUAGCUUCUAUGAUUGAUCUUUUAGAUGAUCGCUUUUUAGUUCAUAAUGCAGUUCAUAAGCCAACUAUUAAACUUCUUAGAUUUUGUGUACUUGAUGAACGACAAAGUGAGCUUUAUCAUGAAGAUCUUGUGGAUUUAAUGUAUAUUAUUUGCUCAAAGAUUCAUAGAUUCCCCGCUUUAUUGAAUAUCUUUUUCCAUGAUAAACAAUGGCUCACGACACCUCAAAAGGCGAUUCCUGCCUCUGCUAAUCAUAUUCGUGAGCCCUCCUCUAAGGAAUCAUCAGAUACAACACCUCAUUCUUCUUCUCUAUUCAUCAUUGAGAAAUAUCAUCAUCCUGAGUAUGAAUUUCUUUUAUUCACUUAUCUUUUAAGAUUUGUUCAUCGUGAGGGUCGAACAGGGGAUUUUGCUCGCACAGGUCUUUUAUUUUUAAUUGAAAUGGCUACAGACCAGCUUGGUGACUUUAUUUUAGAAUCUGAUUUCGCUAGCAUUAUGUCUGCAGGGCUAGGUGCUCUUUAUUCCCAAUUACCUCGAAAAUUAAUCAUUAGGGAUGAAAAUGAAAUCAAUAGUACACCUGCUGCCUAUCUACUAGUAGGUCAUGAUGAUCUUGACCCUUCUGCUGAUUAUCUAUCUAAAGAUCCAGGUGUAAAACAAUCUAACUCUGAGCAAUUCAAAUAUCAGCUUGAUUCAUUUCUAAAAUUACUCGAGUUCUGUCAGGACGUUUUAAUAAGGUGUCCAAAUAACGCUAUCUCUAAAAGUCUCUUGCAAUAUAUUCGAAACAUAUUUUUAGAAAAUAUUUUAUAUCCUUCUAUUUUAGAAUGCUCAGAUACCGAUGGUUCUUCAGUAGCUGUUGUGAGUUAUAUUGAUUUGAUAUUACAAACGAUACAACAACAAGAUUUGUCUACUAUUGUUGUAGGAUUCUUGAUGGAUACUUCAGAUGAUAAAAGUGAUCAAUUUAAAGUGACCAACAUAAAGUCAACAACUAGCUCUUCUAUUUCUCAAUAUAAUCAAUAUUCUAACCUAUUCCAUGGAGUCGAAUUAGAUAAAUUAAAGAGUUCACCUUAUUUUACUGCAACUGCAGAACGAUUUACACUUAAAGAUUUAAUUUUCAGUAGACUUAAAUCUAGCUCACAAACGACAGUAAUCGCAACAUUAAAGUUACUCAAGACAUUAAUUGUUAAACAUUGCCGUUUCGCUGACCGUUUAUUAACAUUUUAUCCUGAUGCAACAAAGAUAGAAAACAAUCAAGAUGGACAAGAGUAUUCAUCAUCGUCUAGUACUAUCAUAUCGCAUCAUAUACGUGAAAUUGAAUUAUAUUUUGCUCUCAUCUCUUCAAUAGACCAUGCUCAUGCUGAUGAUAUUUUGACAAUUGGUUACGAAGAUUAUUUGAAAGAUAUAGAAAACAUGAUGGAGUCGGAUAGUUGUUUUCAUGAUUUGAUUGAUCUACCUCAUGAAAGCAAGCAUUCUAGUUCUAUUGGAGAAAUUGAUGAAAACCCGCUUAUCCAAAUUUUGUUGGGAUUAUUAUCUCAUUUCUUUGCACAAUCCUCUGAAUUAAACCUUGCAUUAUCUGGAGCUAUUUCAGCUUUGGCUCUCUGUCCCUAUCGUAGUUUAGAAGGAUGGAUCUCUUUUACAACUUUGAAAGAUGAUCCAAUACAUGGUAAUGAUCUAUUCGGACUUUCGACUUUUCAAGAACAAGAAAAAGUACCAGAUGCUGAUGAUGAUGAGUCUAUUGAUUUUGGAGUAGAUCGUAACUCUAUCUACAUGACAACGCCUACUCAAUUCAAAUGCUUUCCUCCAUUUUAUACUUUGCUUCAAACUUUAACGCAACAAGUGGAUUAUUAUCGAUCUGAAAUAGAUGAAUUCGACGAUUUACUUAAGGAACGUUGGAAUAGUUUGCUAUUUGGAGAACCUAGGAUAUCUACCAAUGUUACAUCAAGUAGCAUCAUUCCUAUUAUGCCUUCCUCUUCUAUUCGACGAAGGUCUUUCUUAUUCGAUAAUCCAUCCAUGAAGCCUUCUACAUCUUCUAGUACAAUCACGUCAACAAACCAAAUAGGUGCUAGUUCUCAGACAAAUAAUAAUGCUUAUACGACAUUACUUCAUACUGGAUAUCUGAAGAAAUCAUCAUUAUCAUUAACUCCUGUCAUAAAUCCUCUAUCUCCAUUUGCUCUACAUGCUAAAAGAACACGUGAGAUUCGUAUUCAACCUUUGUUUCCAUCUAAUUUUGAGACAGAACGAGAUGAGCAGAUAUUAAAUAUGGACGAGGAUAAUGAGGAUGUCUUUGCUCCGCCCAUCAAUCCAUCUGAACGAAGGCGAAUAAAUAAAUCAAAAGAGAUUCCUCUGUCUAUGCUUUUAAAUAAUGUAGUCAUAUUGGAAGAGAUGAUUAAAGAACUUGUUGCAAUUAUGCAAGUGAGACGUAGUCUAGGUAUUGAUAAAAUACGAUAU